UCGCUCGUUCGCUCGCUCGCUCGCUGUAAGAUGGCGGCGGCGGCGGCGCUGGGCGAGGAGCGGCGCGGGCUGUCGUGCGGGCGGCGGGUGGGCUGCCGUCAGCGCCUCUCCAUCUACCACCUCAAGCUCACCGACACGGCGCUGCGGGCACUCGAGACGUACGAGCGGCUGGCGGCUUCCUUACCAAAUCAACCUGUCAUCUGCUUUCAAGGAAAACAGGGACAGUACAUCAAAAUACCUGCUCCUAAAUCAGAGUGCCAUGAUGGUGUGCGGUGUUUUUCAUUCUACCUGUCAACUGACAGCAAAGACAAGCCUCAAGCAAGUUUUGACUGCAUCCAUCAGUAUGUUUCUAGUUUUGAAAGAAACCAACUUGAGUGCCUUGGAAGCAUUCAAGAUAAAAUUACAGUUUGUGCCACUGAUGACUCCUACCAGAUGACCCGAGACCGCAUGUCACAGGUAGAGAAGGAGUCGUGGAGUCGAGCAACUAUAGAAAUUAAACCAGGGUCAACAUAUCAAGGUACACGCAAACCAAUCAGUGUUCGAAAGCAAACAACAAGUCCGGCGACUGAUGGUGUUCCGGUUCGAAAACACUCUCCUACUAGCAAUCUAUGCCUUGGGGUGAAGAAAAAUCAUGUCCCUUCUAUUACCCAAAAGCCGCUCAGAGAUCGUAUCACCCACCUUUUGGCUUUGAAGGCGUAUCAGAAGCCUGAGCUUAUUGUAUGGUUGGAGAGAGAGAAAGCUAACCCAAAGGACAAGGCUGAACUGUCAUGUAUAUUGGACCAGGUGGCAAAAUUAAAUGUAAAAGACAACAGCUACACAUUAAGGGAUGAACUCUACAAAGAAAUUCAACAGGAUUGGCCUGGAUACAACGACGAAGAAAAACAACUGAUACGGAGACAGCUAAUAAGGAAACUUCAGCCAUCACAUUCUUGUCAGUCCAAGAACUUUCAACUCAGUUCUUCAUUCCAAAAGUCUUCAGGGGAAACCUCACCACAUUCAAGCCCUAAUAAGACUUCUUUGUUGAAACGAUCAGUGCCUUCAGACCGGACAGAUUCACACAGAAACAAGAGAAGUAAAGUAUUACAUUCGAGGGGUAAUCAGCUGCCUACUUUGAAUGGUCAUCUUCCUCAUUCAACAUGCCCCAGUGCCACAUCAAAUUCCUGCGUAUCUACAAAAACAGAGUUCCAGAAAACUCGCACGUUACUGCCUGAGAAUCAGAAUGAAUUUGCCGAGCCAUUUAUCAACUGCAACAACUCGACACAGAUUCACAUAAACAAAACUGAUAAAGAAUUCAAAAGCAACAGUGAUAUUUCUGGGAUUUCUCGGAACCUAGUAGCGCAUAGGAAUUUAGAACAGACAGAUUACUCCCUUCCAGAGGAUAUGGAACUCUAUGCUGGCCACAACAGGAAAAAGUACAAAAAACACAAAGAGAAGGAGAGGGAGCACAUGAAGCCAGAAGCACAAAAGUGGCUAAAAGACCCAACACAAAGGGUCGGAAAACAACACAAAGAAAAUAUUAAAGAGCAUGAAACCACAAAUACAUCUGCAACCGCUAGUUCAACAGUGGAAAUGCCUGACUAUUUAUUGAAAUACAGUGCCAUUACAUCUUUAGAACUGUGUCAAAACUAUCGGAAUGAUUUCAAUGCAGAGUACAAUGAAUACAGAGAUCUUCACACGAGAAUUGGAAAUGUAACAGAACAGUUCAUGCAGUUGGGAUCAAAGAUCAAAACACUUAGUUCUGGGACAGAGGAAUAUAAGAUGGCAGAGGAUCAAAUAUUUGAAAAAUAUAGGAAAUUUAAAAAGGCUCAUCCUACUUAUCGGGAAGAGAAGAUUCGUUGUGAGUAUCUACACCGAAAGCUAUCCCACAUCAAGCAGUUGAUAAUAGAAUAUGACCAGCACAACAAGCCAUAAUGAUUGACACUACCAAUAGCUUCCCUGUUUGAAGUUGUAAAACCAACUAUUGCUUCUGGACACAAAACGAGAACUUGAGGUUAUAGAAACUAACUUUAAGCAGAGUUUCUAUUCCUGUUUUUUUUUCAAGAAGAAAUCUUCUGAGCAAUGCAGUUUGACCAUUACUGGUAUAAAUUGUGUCAAUGAAGGACUGAGUUGCAUCAGUGCUGGCAACAUAUUUUCACUACGUGAUGUAUCGCAGUUUGGACUGAGCCAUGAACUGCACGCCAUAUGUACUCCAUAAAGCAAAAAAAAAACAUUAAGUUCUUGGAAAAUAGUUAUCUCCUUUUAAGAUGCCUUAAGAUGUGUUGUACACCAGAAAACUUAAGUCUGCCAUGUAUUUCUACGGGGCCAAUAUAUAGAGUACAAACCUCUGUUUGUCAUUCACUGUUUUGAUUAAAAUAUCCUAUAUUAAUAGCUUUUGGCAAUAUUUAACUCAAACCUCCUAGUUUUAUCAAUAAUACUGCCUUAAAUUGUUUUUUGUUCCUUCUUGAGGUUAACACUAGUAUAAGUUUUCUAAAGAAGUUUGCUUUUGCCUUAGUUUGCUGACUCACUAGCCAGAUAGGGUUUAUCUGAUCCCCUACUGUACAUGUGUGUGAAAUAAUGUAUUUUAAAAAUAAUAUAUUCAUGUAAGAUUGCUAAAAAUCUUAUACGAGGAAACAAAAAUAGUGAAUGUGAUGCACCAUGUUCACACUAUAAAGCUCUAUUUUUCAAUAUUCUCAGAAAAAAUGUGAAGGUUUAUAAAGAUUAAAACAUGACUAAUUUGGGUAAAAAAAAUAAAGCCAGAUUUGGUAAAUGUUUAUUAAAGAGGAUAUUGUGUAAUCUUGGGAGUGCAUGGAUGGUGCAGAAUGUGAUUGAUGUAGAAUUUUCUCUCUGUCUUUACUAUGUGGAAACAUUUGGAUAUUAUCUGUACUGGUUUAAUGCGUCAGUACAAAAGCUUAAUCUGUGUAUAAAAUAAUUUAUUUCUCAA